GCCGCCGCCGCCGCCACGCUCGCUGGCUGGCCCGGUGCGGGGGUCCGGCUCCUGCUGGAGAGGAGGACCGCCAGCGCCGCCACUUUUGCUCUGGCCCGGUCUCAGGCGCCGCCCCGGGCCCCAACCCUAGGCCCCCACCCGGCCGGGCCAUGAAGUGUCACUACGAAGCGUUGGGGGUGCGACGCGACGCCAGCGAGGAGGAGCUCAAGAAGGCCUAUCGGAAGCUGGCCCUGAAAUGGCAUCCAGAUAAAAAUCUGGAUAAUGCUGCAGAGGCAGCUGAGCAAUUUAAAUUAAUCCAAGCAGCAUAUGAUGUGUUGAGUGACCCUCAGGAAAGAGCCUGGUAUGACAAUCACAGAGAGGCUCUGCUGAAAGGUGGGCUUGAUGGAGAGUAUCAAGACGACAGCCUAGAUUUGCUUCACUAUUUCACUGUUACCUGUUACUCUGGCUACGGAGAUGAUGAGAAGGGUUUCUAUGCGGUGUAUCGUCAUGUUUUUGAAAUGAUUGCAAAGGAAGAACUGGAAUCUGUCUUAGAGGAUGAAGCUGAGGAUUUUCCAACUUUUGGUGACUCUCAGAGUGACUAUGAUACGGUAGUCCAUCCUUUCUACGCUUAUUGGCAGAGUUUCUGCACACAGAAGAACUUUGCUUGGAAGGAAGAAUAUGACACUCGGCAAGCUUCAAACCGCUGGGAAAAACGAGCCAUGGAAAAAGAAAACAAGAAGGUCCGGGACAAAGCAAGGAAAGAGAAGAAUGAACUUGUCCGACAGCUGGUAGCUUUCAUUCGUAAACGAGAUAAAAGAGUGCAGGCUCAUCGGAAACUGGUGGAAGAGCAGAAUGCAGAGAAGGCGAGGAAAGCCCAAGAGAUGAGGCGGCAACAGAAGCUAAAGCAAGCCAAGUUGGCUGAGCAGUACAGAGAACAGAGCUGGAUGACGGUGGCCGACUUGGAGAAGGAGCUCAGGGAGAUGGAGGCGCGGUACGGGAAGGAGUUUGGAGAUGGAUCGGAGGAAGAUGAGCUGGAGGAGCAUGAGCCCACAGAUGGACAGGAUGGUAAGGACAGUGAUGUGGCUGAGGAUGCGGAGAUUCAUGAUGACCUUUACUGCCCGGCAUGUGACAGAUCUUUCAAGACAGAAAAGGCCAUGAAGAAUCAUGAAAAAUCAAAGAAGCAUCGUGAAAUGGUCGCCUUAUUAAAACAACAGUUGGAAGAGGAGGAAGAGAAAUUUUCAGGAUCUCCAACUGAUGAAAAUACAUUGAAUGCCAGUUCUGAGGAGGAAGUGGAAGAUUCACCAAAACAAAAGCUGUCUAAAAAACAGAAGAAAAAGAAACAGAAACCAGUAGAGAGUUAUGAUGACAAUUUCAAUGAAAAUGGAACUGGGGGAGAAAAAAUUGAUCCAGAAGAUACCAACUUAAAUCAAGACAGUGCCAAAGAAUUGGGAGACAGUCCCCAAGAAAACAUCAGUGUCACAGAGGCUACCAAACAGUGUGAAGAUCUAGCAAGUGAAACGAAAAGUAUUUCUAAACCCAAAGGAAAGAAAGCCAAAGAUAUGAAAAAAACUGUCAAAGUGCCUGGUGAACCACAAACAAUGGGUGAUGUUCUUAUCAGCUGUUCAACCUGCCAUGAUGAAUUUCCAUCCCGGAAUAAACUUUUUGAACACCUAAAAGCCACAGGUCAUGCAAGAGCGCUAUCCUCAUCAUCAUCUUUAAACAGUGUAGCGAAUAGUCGAAGCAAGAAAGAAAAGCGUAGAAACAGAUAGAAAUUCUUUCACCGUGUGUUCUUUAUGACUGUCUCUAGAUUACAAAACCAAAAACUCAACUGGAACCAUCUAAAGAGUUAAAAUUUCAGUGAUACGCCAUUUGUUGCAUUGUGGAAGAUUAUUUUUUAUCUUGUAAAAACAUGUUUUUGUUGUUUAAUAUAUAUAUUUUUAAACAUUUCACUAGUGAUUAACUGAAUUUUGCUCUUGCCAUUUUAAUUGACUUGAAUGUUUCAAAACAGGUAACUAUCAAAUUGUGCACUCUUGGUUUCUGUUGACCUCAUGGACAGAAAUGUCAGGGAAAAUUAAAUUAUUUUAACAUUCAGAAAUGCAAUUCUGUUUUAUUUUGUGAAUUUCACAUGA